GGCAGGAAAGACAUUUUCAGGCCUUGAGGUAUGGCUAGGAGAUUUUAUGUUGAUGAAAUUAUAACGUCUUGUCUAUGGCCAACCCAGAAUUCUCUUGCAAGUGCCCGGACGGACAUCUAUCCAUCUAUGAGCGCGGCAAGACGUGGCCCACCUGCGAUGAGAUUUGCACUCCGGACAGGAGCGACAAUUGCACUUCGGUAUGGCUCCCCCAGCCCCGACCUUCCAACCAGUGCAAGUAUCGGUACUUGAACUCCACGUCGGCCUUCGCCAACCAGUUUCCAGUGCAUCCACUCAUUUCCGGGAUCAUACUGACACAGACGAAUCCGAUGAGCAGAGAGGGAGACUGCAUUUCCUGCGAUAUGACGCACAAUUUCCGUUAUCAGGAUUUCUGCUUGGCUAGCACCCUGCUCCGUCCGUAUGUGCACUACAAUGCCUUCUGGCAGGCCACUACCACACCGGAUUCCAGUGCACCCAGCCGCUUUGGUGACCUCAAGUUCGUGGCCUUCUUCUGCCUGACACUGCGAAACGAUACCUCCUGCCAGCAGCUGGCCAAUCUGUGCGUGCUCUCCCACUUCUCCCUGGAAAAGCACUCGCCAUGCAGCGCCUUUCUGCUUACCCAGGUCUCUGAUGUGGUGAUGAAGUACGCCCACUCCGGGGAGCAGGUGCGAUCCCUGCAACCGUUCCUGUUUUACAAGAAGGGUCGGGUUACAAAGGAGCUGCUCUCGAAGACGCUUCAGCUGCUAGACCGCAAGGAACUGCGACUUUUUAGCACCACAUUUGGCCUGGAUGGUGGACUCAAACGGUGGGGUGCCUUUCAUCCGGAGAUACUGAAUAUGUGCCAACAGAAGGCGCCAAGCCUCCGAAUGACACUUCCCAAAAAGGAGUCGGAGGUAUCCUGCCAGCUGACCCUAGAGCGACUCAUUGAUCUGGCCAACCAGCGGUACAACGACGAGUUUCUCACCGUUUUCCUAAACUUCAGCAGUAACUGGCAGUAUCUUCUUCACCAGUUACCUGUACUCAUUGAGACCCUGACGCCGGAAAACCAGCGACCCCAGCAGGAGGAGUGGCAGUUGGUGAAGCGUUUCCAGCUGAUCUCCGCCUCUCCGCGCGAUAAUCAUCUUCACCAGACCAUGCCCCGCUAUGAGGAUGCCCACAAACUCCAGCAGUAUUACUCAUUGCGAUAUGUGGAGGACAUUGAUAUUCGUUAUACGCUGGACAAAGAUCAGCCAGAUAGAGUGGGUCUGCCCCUUAUUCGCCUGCGAUACCGGCACAUUGAGAUGGGAUCGGGAAAUACAUCCCUCUCUCAACUGUACCCAUUCAGUCUGAGGAUUAGCUACGACCAAGUAAAACGUGGGUGGGAUUGGCUGAUCCUAGAGGUGGCGCUGCCGCUGCUACUUUUGCUGGCCUUUGCAGCUGCAGUCUUCCGUCUCCAAAAUCUGAGAAGAAGGAGAAAGGCGGACCUCUAUCAAAUGAGCAGUCUUAUAGAGUUUCUCCUGCAGCUGGCCGGAAAUGUGGCAUAUGCUUUACUGGUGACUGUUCUGCUGCUCCUGUUGCUGCAGGCCUCCAAUCCUCGCGUGCUGAAAAUUCUCCUCUAUACCGCCUUUAUGCUGCAGUUCCUCUUUCUGUCCGUUCAGCUGUGGCGCUCCAGCCAGCUGGAAGUUUUCCUCAUCGACUGGGAAAGGCCGCGUAGCAGCUGCGAGGGACAACGCCUAAAUCUGGACAGCUCCUCUCUCUGCUCCAGCGUGCGCACCUUCGUGGCCGAAAGCAGCGUCUCCGCUUGGCGAGUCCUCUUCACAGCCAAUGCCUGGAUUCGCCUGAGUGUGACCCAGAAGUACUCCACCUUGGGUCAGGUAUUUGUGGUCAUCGCUGGAUAUCAGUUCCUCGAGAGUUUUACCAGGGGUGAUAUUUUUCUACGUUGCUGCCUAAUAGCAGCGGCAUAUCUGCUGACAUAUCUACUCCAGAUAAUAGGCCACCAACUAUUUGUAUCGAAUCCCCUCCAGAAGUUCAUCGACCUUUGCAGUCUGGCCAACAUAUCUCUGUUUUCACUGACGGAGCCAGGAUUUGGGUACUACAUCCACGGACGAUCCCCUCACGGCUUUGCCGAUACGGAUAUGUCCUCGAUGAUUUUGCAGCUGCAGAGGACGCAGACCAUGUGUGGGCGAAGGGGAUUGCUAAUGGACUCGGACAAGCAGUCGUACGUUAUCCUGCCUCCCAGAAACCUUCACAUCUACCUGGAGCGACUCCUGCUUCCGUUCCAGCGUAGUCUUACCGGCACCCUUUCGCAGACCAUGCUCUAUCAAAAGGACAUUGUACCAAGCAUCGAUGGACAGAUGGAACGCACCUCCAUUGCUUAUGCCAGCGUCAAUCGCUUCUUCUGCGCCUUUAUCGACCAUGUGAGCUUGAAGUCUAACAUUUCGUUUUUUAGUAGAUUGGAAGUUUAUUCUAGAUUCCUUGAAAAGUAUGACAGGUAG